UCCCGUAAAAUAAGAGAGAAAAGCCUCUUCACAUGACUGAACAUGACCGUGAGUUUGAAAGAACAUGGCAUAUGUCCAACACAGACAAACAAACAAUCCAUUUGCAUGAAAACGACAGAAUCCCGUCUUCCUCGUGUGUCACGUGACUCACGUCCAUCCCAUGUGUAGAAAUAAAAGAGUCUUAUGGGUUUGGCUUCAGAAGCGUGUGGACAGCAGUGGAAAAACUGGUCAUGUUUACAUCAGGAGUGUCCUCCACAUCAGGAGGGAAACACUAGAGUUUCCAAGGCUUGCCCUGAGAUUUACAAAACACCACCAUGUUUAUAACCACAAUAUUCACAUUUCAUUUUAGAACUCCUAACCUCCAUCUUUCUUACAAUGUGAAAUCAUAUUUAUGUUCAUGUGUAGUUUAAAUAUGAAACAAGCUGUUCAAGGAAAGCAAACACACAGCAAAAGACACACACACACCCAUACACACACACACACACACACACACACACACACACACACAGAUACAGAGACCGAGGGAGUAUCACAUUUCACAGAGUUGGAGUCUUUCAGCAGGCUGUAGUAGAGUGACAUGAACACCAGAGGGCGCAAUAUACACCUGAACACAUUGAUGCAAUUUAAUCUAAAUUAAGGGGAUAGUUCAUCAUUGUAAGGUUGAGUCACUCAGUCACUGCUGUCAGUGAGGUGUGCAGAUUUAAUUUAUUGCAUGUAGAGCGGAAGCUGUGUUGCGAAACAUCAGGAGGAGUUAGAUCCAUUUGCAGAUUGAUUGAGAAUAGUCAGACGAUACGGAGUCAAAUACCGGCAAGACAGGACAAUGGAGACCAGGCCGAGACAGAAACAUGACCAGGCGAGAGAUCAGGGCAGGCAGCCGACAAAAAGAGUCCAGGGGAAGCAGUCCAAGUCGGGACAGGCAAAGAACAAUCAGAAAAUCGAGAAAGAGUUUAAGGAUCAUCCUAAAGGAAAGGGUCUGACGCCGUAUCAGGGGAAGAAAAGAUGUUUCGGAGAGUACGAGUGUUCCAAAUGCAAGAGGAAGUGGACGAGUGGAAACUCUUGGGCGGACAUGGGUCAGGAGUGCAUCAAGUGCCACAUCAACAUCUAUCCUUACAAACAGAGUCCUCUGGAGAAGCCCGACGGUCUGGACGUAUCUGACCCGAGGAAAGAACAUCCUCAGCAUCUGUGUGAGAAGUGUAUGGUGCUCGGAUACUACUGCCGUCGAGUUCAGUGACCUCUGACCUCCACAGACCUCCGCCCGUCACGCCCUCAUCACCUCGCUUCAGUUUAACACUAUUCACUGAUUCCUGAUUCAAAGCAGAGCUCCGGUAAAUCUGACUGAAGUGUUGAUUACCACAUAAAAUGAAUUUUUGAAUAAUUAAUUUGUGGUUGUUAAAUUAAACAGUGCACUGGAAUUAAAACUCAAAUGUGUACGUCAAACAUUUUUAUGAUAAAAACACUGAUCUGAUUCAUUUUGAAAAUAACAGCAACAUUUUGUCACA